AGGCACAAUGUGUGGAUCACGUUCGUCUGACAGACCUGCUCUCUGCUCUGCUCCUGCGCUCACACUGCCUGCUGCUUUGCUGAGGUUCCUGUCCUGGUGUAACUGUCAGAGCAUAAUGGUGGCUUUCAAAGGUGUCUGGACCAAGGACUUCUGGAGGGCCGUGUCUGGAGAAUACCUGGCCACUCUCAUUUUUGUCCUCCUUGGUCUGGGAUCCACCAUCAACUGGGCUGCAGGGGAGGAGAAGCCUCCACCAGCCGAUUUAGUCCUCAUCUCCCUGUGCUUCGGCUUGACCAUCGCCACAAUGGUGCAGUGUUUUGGGCACAUCAGCGGUGGACACAUUAACCCUGCGGUGACCGCGGCAAUGGUGGUAACCAGGAAGCUGAGCCUAGCGAAGGGGUUGUUCUACGUGGUGGCUCAGUGCCUGGGAGCUAUCACAGGCGCUGGGAUCCUGUACCUGGUCACUCCUGCAGCUUUCAGAGGCUCCCUCGGUGUGACCACGGUAAACUCUGACCUCUCAUUAGGUCAUGGCCUUCUUGUAGAGCUCCUCAUUACAUUCGAACUGGUCUUCACAGUCUUUGCCACAUGUGAUCCCAAACGCACAGACCUGGGAGGCUCUGCUAGCCUUUCUAUUGGCGUAGCUGUAGCUAUUGGUCACUUAUUUGCGAUCCCUUAUACAGGAGCCAGCAUGAACCCUGCUCGAUCCUUUGGGCCUGCAAUGGUCACCCUCAACUUUGAGGGCCACUGGGUGUACUGGCUGGGACCCGUUCUGGGGGGCAUCCUGGCUGCAGGUCUGUACGAGUACCUGUACUGCCCAGACCCUGAGAUGAAGAAGCUGAAGCAGGUCUUUCAGAAGGAUCGGUCAGGGAAAUACAGGGAGGUGGAGACGGACGACCUCACCAUCAAGCCGGGUUCUAGCUCUGUGGAGAGAGGCGAGAAAAAAGAUCCUUUCCAGGACUCGACGGGAGAAGUGCUUUCUUCAGUAUGACUAUCACGUGCACUGGAAAUGGAGACCAAUCUGUAGAGCAGAGUGGCAAUCAAACUUUGGAGUAUCCAUCUCGCAGCCUGUCCCCCUGACUCCAAAGACUUUAAAUCCUCGGAGCAGAAUAUGAUUUCUGUCCAUGAGGCUCCACAGAAAAGGCUGAAUUACUCUCAUUGUCAUAAAGCUAAUAUGCUGUUAUGGCUCAAUCCCACAACCUGUUCAAUACUCCUCCCAAGGCCCUCUCUGAACGAUUUUGUAGCAGUGUUGGCAUGCUGCGCACACUGCACCCUGCAGAACGACAGCCUGCAGUACAUUGUGUUGAGGAAAUAUGAGAAGAGGGUCGAGCAAUUAUGUGGGGUCAUCACGCUGAAUUGGAGAAGUGAAGAAGAAAAUGCAGCCUUGUUAUUUUUGGAUUAGUGUCACAUUUGGUCUACGUAUUCUAUAUGUAAUAACAGCAGAGAUUUUCCCUGUGAUCAUUAAGCACAUUACAUAUCCAGAGCAAUGUAAGACAGCUCCGAGGAGCUUCAUUAUCAGAGUUGUGUUACAUCGCUCUUCAUUUUCAGUGCAUUAGUCAGGAAAAACAACCAACUCAACUGUAUGGAAACAUUGUAACAGAUUAUCUCAACUUCUCCAGGUUAUCUUCUUUAUUAAAACAUGCUGAUUUUAUUUAUCAUUUUAUAUAAUUAUGAUUCUUAGAAGUUUUUUUAUUUAUAGAUCUAAAUGUAGAGCAUUUUAAUUUCUUCAUGUGAUUUGUCGUAUUUUAUAGUCAAGUAUUUUUAAUAUAAUUGGAUGAUCUGCCUAUGUGAGUUUUUGUUUAAUAUUUUUUUUUGUUCUUGUUCAAUCAACACUCCUUGAAUGCUGCAGCAUUUUCAAGACAUUAAGGCGAAUAAUAAAGUUGUUUUUUUUAAUUUCUCA